GUUGGUGGCGGCAAUACGACCAUGAGGUCACGUUAAGGUAUAAGGUCUCACAAUUUCCGUAUGUAUGGAAGAGAAAAAACGUUCAAGUGUUUCUGACACCUUUUUACCAAAAAAUGUAAAGAAUCGUAAACAUCGUAACAACCAUUCCAAAUUUAUAACUUCAACUCCACUUAAUGAAGGUCAAAAUAAUCGGAAUUCGUCCGUUAAACAGGAAUCGGGAACCUCGUUUUUUAUAAAUGAACGCCUAACAAAUCUACUAGGUAAAAUUUCUCCGUUGAAAAAGAAAUGGAGUACUAAUUUCCAUCAGUCAUGUAUCAUUUUCACAAAUUUGGCUACACAUAUCUGUAAAGUCCUAUCAGGUACAUCAUCUCUUGAGAAUCAUGAUGAUUUUGUCACGUAUGCAUUGUGUGAUCUAUAUUUGAACGAUAAUAUAGAGCAAAUGACAAAACUUCGUAAUGGUCAAAUUUUGGAAACUUAUUAUGAUAAACUCAAUGAAUGUAUACAAAAUAUGGAAGAUUGUGGUGUACAGUUAAAGUCAAUGAUAAAUCAAUUAAAUGCCUUGAGAAAACUAGAUCAAGAUGAAUCAAUUUAUCAGCAAUAUGCCACAUGCCAAUCGUCAUUGCACUCAUCAUUUAAGAUAAAAAAUAAUUCUACAUUAGAAUAUGACAACAAUUGCUUUAAUUCUCAUUCAACUGAAUCAUUUCCAUCAACAUUAGUAAGACAACAAACACAACAACGUCAGUUAAAUGGGGCUAAUUUAUAUGACGUAUUCAUCAUCGAAGUAAAUGGGUUGAUCAAUCAAAUUGAACGUGAUUCAUGCAUUCGAAAAUAUUUAAUGAAAAUUAUACUGCCCAGUACACUUCAUUAUUCCCACAUGAAUACUAUUGGUCAAGAUAAUGAUAACGUGAUCCUGUUAAAAUUUGCAUCGAUUUGGCGUCAUUUUGGGCAAUAUGUUUUAUGGUUUAAUGUCGUAUCAAUGUCGGAACAUAUUUUGGAAACUAUCUCAAUGAUACAGACAUAAUGAAUUCGUAAAAAUGCAUGUAUGUGUAAAUAUGUAUGUUUACCUAUAUUUUGUACAAAAAAUGAAUAUUUUAUUUUUACUCUGUUGUAUUUUCC